AUGGCCGGGCGGUGGUUCGAGGCUUCGUACCACCCCGAUGCCUUCACAAGGUUCUUCGCCUCGAAGAGAGGCCCAGUGACUUGGGGCGUCAUCAGAUCGCUGGAGAAAUGCCCGGUAGCAGCCAACGGCGGUGCUGGGAGACGCCUGAAGCCGCUGUGGCGUUUCCAGCCUCGGGACCUACGGGGGGCGGAAUUACAAGGGGGUAGCGACGAGACCGCAGUGACGCCACAGGGGACCUGCACUGGACCGCUUAAUAUUGAUUCGAUCAUGGAUCCAAUUCCGAAUGGAGGUACGGCGAGCGUAACUCAAUUGAUGUCCUCCGACAUCAUGGGGACACUCUAG